AUGAUGCCACUGGCGGAAGGAGCGUCCGGAACGGACCGGUACGCGGCAGCAGGGUCGGCGUCCGGUGGACCAGCCACCGCCGACGUUCAGCUGGACACCACGCUCACCGAUCAUCACCAACGUGCCACGGACCGGUGGCCACACGACGUCGGUGUUGACGGCCCUGCUGCCGGGGAUGAUGCCGUGUGUGACGAACCGAACCGAACGGUGGUGGUGGCCACACCGGGGAAGCACGAGCAGGACGACGACGUUGGGCUGCCGGUGACGGCGGUACAGAUCAAGAAUGCGCGUAAGUCUAAGGGGCCAGCGAAUCACAGGCACGCGCCCCAGCGGGCACAUCAGCGGUACGAUCUUGAGCAUGAAAAAACCCAUCCUGACGGUGUGUCUACUUUAGCCGAGCUGCUGCAGGAGUCCAGCCUGCAGGCGUCCGUGCACGAUAUCCUGAAUGAUGGCGAGGAGGAUCAGAUGUUUAUCACCGGCUAUGCGAGGUGUUUGCGCAAGACGAUGCUGUGUUACGUUGGGUUCCUGCUGACGUUCGGUGUCCUGCGGUUGGUGAUGCAUUGGCGCCGGCAUUGGUUGCUGUUGGCGACACAUCGCGAGUGUUCGCUGGAGCACGCGGAAAAGGUGCUGAUUCAUGAGGCGUACCAACGGAAGCACGAUCUGUACUACGUGAAGGAUGUGAUCGAGCUUAGUGGCGAUGUUAUCAGGGAAAUUGUGAACGAGAAAAAGAAACCAACGUCCAACAACGCGCGCAACGUGAUCAAGGAACUGAUCCAAAAUGGCAUCACGGAUUACGUCGGGUUCUUCCGUUCCCUUGACCCGUUUCAGGUCGUUUACCAUCGCAGUGGCGGCCGCUUCGAACACGCCAGCACGAUGCGGUACUUCUGCUGCAAAAAGCUCCGCUACAUCUGGUGUGACGAUAACAAGAAGUUCACGAAACUCCAGGGCCUAGACGUGGAGGUCCCGAGCGUCCUGAUCCACCACGCGAAGGGACUAUCGGUGUACGAGCAGAACGUCCGUCGGUUGAUCUACGGCAGUAACGAGAUCUUCAUCCCCCUGCGUAGUGUCCUGACGCUGCUAUUCCUCGAGGUGCUCAAUCCGUUUUACGUGUUUCAGAUCUUUUCGGUGGUGCUGUGGUUUUUCUACGAGUACUACUAUUACGCGGUCGUGAUCGUGCUGAUGAGCGCUUUCGGUAUUACGGUGUCGAUCAUUCAGACCCAGCGCAACCAGCGGGCGCUUUAUUCGACGGUUAAAAGCACCGACACGGCCAUGGUGGUGCGUGACACCAUGGAAUCGGAGACGAUCGAGACACGCUUUCUGGUGCCGGGUGAUGUCCUCGAAAUUCCGGCCACCGGUUGCACGAUGCAGUGCGAUGCGGUGCUGCUGUCCGGCAACUGCAUUCUAGAUGAGUCGAUGUUGACGGGUGAAAGUGUACCGGUGACGAAGACACCGCUACCGCUGAAGCGCGAUCUGAUCUACAAUCGUAAGGAGCACGCACGUCACACGCUGUUCUGUGGAACGCGAGUCAUCCAAACGCGUUACAUCGGCAGCGAGAAGGUCCUGGUGAAAGUCCUGAACACCGGUAACAUCACGGCGAAGGGUGGUCUCAUUCGGUCGAUCCUGUACCCACCACCGGUGGACUACAAGUUCGAGAAAGACUCGUACAAGUUCAUCACCGUGCUUGGGAUCGUGGCGUUUUGUGGGUUCGUGUACACGCUCUACACCAAGAUCAGCCGGAGCAUUGAUGCGGUGAAAAUUGUCGUCGAAUCGUUGGAUCUGAUCACGAUCGCUGUACCACCGGCCCUGCCAGCUGCGAUGACCGUGGGGCGGAUGUACGCCCAGAAACGCCUAAAGCGCAGUAACAUUUACUGCAUCUCGCCGCGUGCGAUAAACGUGUCCGGAAGUAUCGAUUGUGUGUGCUUCGACAAAACGGGCACGCUGACGGAGGACGGGCUGGAUAUGUGGGGUGUUUUGCCAAAGGACUCCACCAAUAGCUUCCAGAUUCCGCUUAAGGACAUCAUGCGGUUGCCAAUGAGCGAUCACUUGCUGUUCGGGAUGGUAACGUGCCAUUCGAUCACGUUCGUGAAAGGUGAGAUGCGAGGAGAUCCUCUCGAUCUGAAGAUAUUCGAAUCCACCGGGUGGAUUCUGGAGGAAGCGAACGUAUCCGAUGAGACCAAGUACGACAUGCUGUUCCCAACGAUCGUGAAGCCACCGCGCGGGGAUUCCCGGGAUGAAUUGAACCUUGAGCUGGACGUAACGUACGACAACUCGAACGACAUCGGUAUUGUGCGGGAGUUUUCCUUUACCAGCGCACUGCAGCGUAUGUCCGUGAUCACGCGCAAGGUAUCCGACAAUCACUUCAACGUGUACGUGAAGGGCUCGCCGGAGAUGAUCAGCUCAUUGUGCCGCCUGGAAAGCAUUCCGGAGGACUUCCAGUCGAAGUUGGGUUUCUACGCGCAGCAAGGAUAUCGCAUCAUUGCCAUCGCGUACAAGCAGCUAGACAAGAAGCUGAACUACCCGAAGGUGCAGAAGAUCGCACGCGAGAAGGUCGAAUGUGAGCUGGAGUUUUUGGGUUUUGUGAUCCUUGAAAAUCGUCUGAAAACCGACACGGAAGAGGUGAUCGAAAGCUUGAACGCGGCCAACAUCCGGUCCGUGAUGGUGACGGGCGAUAAUCUGCUGACUGCUGCGAGUGUCGCUCAUGACUGUGGUAUGAUACUGCCGGGUCAGAAUCUGGUAACCGUGACGGCACACGCGGACAAGCGAAAUCCGGAUCACUACUUCCUCUCGUACGACAUUACGGGGCAACCGCAGCUCACGCAAUCCGACAUCAUCAACGACAACCAGGUGGCGGGAAAGCCAGAUGGUCCGUUAAAGGUGAAGGAAAAUGGAAACUACGCGCUGAUGACGGAAUCGAAUAGUAUCAGCAGCUCGAUCGAUACCUGUACCAUUUCGACGCAACUCAGCACAAACUUCGAAAAGGAUCAUCACUCCCACCGGAUCACGAUCGAGCCGGAGCAUGAUUGCAGUUCCAUCGUCGACGUUAAGGUGGUCAACGGAGUGGCAAACGAUCGGAUGAUGCUGGCCAAGGCAAGCUCCGGAUCGUUCCGGUUCGCGUUAACCGGUAAAACGUGGGCAAUCAUCAACGAACACUUCCCGGAGCUGGUGCACAUGGUCACGACGUUUGGGACGGUGUUCGCGCGCAUGUCACCCGACCAGAAGCAACACCUGAUUACGGGUUUGCAGAACCUCGGCUAUUACGUGGCGAUGUGUGGUGACGGUGCGAACGAUUGUGGUGCGCUGAAAGCCGCCCACACCGGCAUUUCGCUCUCGGAAGCUGAAUCAUCCGUGGCGUCACCGUUCACGUCGAAAAACCCAACCAUCGCGUGUGUGCCUAACGUGAUCAAAGAGGGCCGGGCUGCGCUGGUUACGUCGUUCGGUAUCUUUAAGUUUAUGGCCGCGUACUCACUCGUCCAGUUCGCGUCCGUCGUGAUCCUGUACUCGAUCGAUUCCAACCUCACCGAUUGGCAGUAUCUGUACAUCGAUCUGUUCAUCAUCUCGAUCGUGGCGUUCUUCUUCGGUAAAACGUCCUCGUACGAUGGGCCGCUGGUGAAACAGACGCCUUCCAACUCGCUAAUAUCGCUCGCACCGUUGCUGUCUCUUGCCAUGCACAUGAUGGUCGCGAUCGGCAUCCAGCUAGCGGGUUGGUAUCACGUCCAAGCUCAACCAUGGUUCGAACCGUUCAACUACACCUCCGAUCGAGAGCUGAACGAUCACGGUUGCUUCGAAAACUACACCAUCUUCUCCAUCUCUUGCUAUCAGUACUUGAUACUCGCGAUCGUCUUCUCGAAAGGCGCCCCAUAUCGCAAGUCCAUCUUCUCCAACUACGGCUUCAUCAUCAGCAUCGUGGUGAACGCGGCGAUUGCGGUCGUCCUGACCGUUUACCCACCCUCCUGGAUCGCGAACCAGUUCGAGCUAGUCAUGCCACCCGAGGACGAGUUCCGCUUCCGGCUGUACCUCGUCGCGUACGGUGUGAUCAACUUCCUGCUCUCGCUGCUCAUCGAGAAGGUGAUCGUGGACGAGAUCGCGUUCAAGCGGCUACGCUACCGGUGGCACAACGUGGCCAAAUCACGCCGCAAGUACUUGCAGAUCCAGCACAACUUCCAGCGGGACAUCCAUUCGCCGAGCGACUUUAAAACCGUGUUCGGGUGGUCGAGCGAAAAGUACGAUUACUGA